AUGCCUUCUUACGUGGAAAACAACACCCUAGAUGCCAUCAUCGUCGGCGCAGGCUUCGGCGGCUGCUACCUCCUCAAGAACAUGCGCAAGCAGGGGUUCAAGGUCCGGGUCCUGGAGGAGGGCCUCGGCGUCGGCGGCGUGUGGUGGCACAACCGGUACCCCGGCGCCCGCUCCGACACCCCCGUGCCCCUGUACGAGUUCUCGGACCCGGACAUCUGGAACAGCUGGGAGUGGUCCGAGGAGUACCCCAGCCAGCCAGAGAUCAAGCGGUACUUUGAGUUUGUGGAUCGUCAGUGGGACCUCAGCAGGGACAUUACCUUUGGUGUCAAGGUCACUGAUGCAUCUUUUGAUCCUGAGAGGGAUGAGUGGACUGUCAGGACAAAUACUGGGCUCUCUCUAUCUGCACGCUUCUUCCUCCCUGCCAUGGGCUUCGCCUCCAAGAUCUUCACACCGCGCCUAAAGGGUCUGGAGAACUUCCAGGGAUUCACAUGUCACACAGCCAAAUGGCCUGAAGAGCCAGUGGAUUUCAAGGGGAAGCGUGUUGGCGUCAUUGGCACAGGGGCCACGGGUGUCCAGGUCAUCCAGGAGCUCGGCCCCAAGGUCAAGGAACUGGUUGUAUUUCAAAGAUCGCCCAACUGCGCGCUACCAAUGCGGCAGAAACCCUGGGGGGACCAGGACAAGACCGCCUACCCCAGCUUGUACAAGCAGAUGAAGACAACAGCUGGAGGCUUCCUCUUUGACAAGGUCCAGCGGAGAGCCAUGGAUGAUACCCCUGAGCAGCGCGCUGCUCUCUAUGAGGAGCUGUGGCAGCAGGGAGGCUUUGCAGUUACACUCGGCAGCUAUGAGGAUCUCAUGACGGACCUGGAAUCUAGCCAGGCGAUCUAUGAGUUUUGGCGGGACAAGGUCCGGCAGAGGAUCUUGAAAAAAGACCCUGAACUUGUCGAGCACUUGGCUCCAACAAAGCCUCCAUUCCCCUUUGGCACAAAACGCCCUUCCCUGGAGCAAAAGUUUUACGAGGUUUUCAAUCAGGACAAUGUCAAGUUGGUUGGACUCAAGAAGAAUCCCAUCGAUGAGGUUCUUCCCCACGGUGUCAGGCUCGCCGACGGAACCGUGCUCGAACUCGACGCCCUGAUCCUCGCCACUGGCUUCGACGCCGUCACGGGGAGCUUCUCCAGAGUCAACAUCAAAGGCCUCAAGAACAAGGUCCUCAACCAAGAAUGGGGCACCGGCUCCCGAACCUAUCUCGGCCUAGCAACAUCGGGCUUCCCCAACAUGCUCUACAUGUACGGCCCGCAGAGCCCCGCAGCCUUCGCCGUAGGCCCUGUCAUCUCAGAGAUCCAGUGCGACUGGAUCAUCCGGACGCUCUGCUACAUGCGGCAGCACCGGUUCUCAAGAAUCGAGCCCAGACCUGCGGCUGAAAAGGAUUGGGCCCGCGUGACGAAUGAAGAGUGCAAUAAGACUCUGCUGCACCUGAACGAGACGACGUGGUACAUGGGUGGGAACGUGCCGGGCAAGACGCGGGAGGCGUUGAAUUACAUGGGAGGACUGCCGGCGUAUCAAAAGGCUCUAGACGAGUGUCAUUCGAAUGGGUUUUCGAGCUUCCAUUUGCAGUAA